AUGUCAUUCUCUCUUUCUUUUACUUUGUUUUUCUUUCUCUCUAAAUAUCUCUCUUUCUCUUUCUGUCUCUUUCUUUCCCCCUUUUUCUGUCUUUCUUUCUAUUCCUUUCACUAUUUCUCUCUCUCUUUCUUUCUUUCUUUAUCUCCUUUCCUCUUUCUUUCUCCAUUUCUCUCUCUCUCUUUCACUUUCUUUUUUUCUCUCUUAAUCUCUCUCUUUCCCUUUCUGAAUCUUUUUUCUCUCUUUCUGUCUUUCUUUCACUAUUUCUCUCUCUCUCUCUCUCUCUUUCUCUUUCUUUCUCUCUUUCUUUCUCACUCUCGCAUUAGAGAGAAAAAAAGAAAGAGAGUUUCUUUCUCAUUGGAUAAAAAAAAACAAAGAAGUUCUUUAAUGACUAGGCCGGAAGUAUGUACUUUUAAACUUUAUGUCUUUGUCCUUUUCAGACUCCAAGUAAUUACUCUCUCGUUCACCUUUCCAAUGCGAUAA